UUUUUCAACUACUGGCGCCUCCAUACAGCAAGUACUUCAAGUGCCUCUACAGCAGCAUGCUGCUGCCAUUGUCCAAAAGUUUGUUCAACCUAAAAUUCAAGAUGAGUUGAUAGCUAGAGAAAUUGUCAUAAAUGAUGCUGAUUCUGCUGUUCGCUAUAAGCUAACAAAACGUCAAACACAGGAAGAGAUUCAGAAGUGCACAGGUGCUAUAGUCAUAACUCGGGGAAGGUAUCGGCCUCCAAAUGCACAGCCUGAUGGUGAAAGACCUCUAUAUCUACACAUUUCUGCUGGGGCACAUUAGGAGACAACAGCAGAACGAAUUAAAGCAGUUGAUCAUGCAGCUGCUAUGGUGGAAGAAAUUUUGGAUCAGGGUUCUGUGAACAAUGGGGUAAAGGUUAAUCCCUUAUUGACUGCCUGUGUGUUUUUGGGCUUUGAGGCAGACCCAUCCUUGGAUAUUUCUUCUCGUAUACGUGGUCCAAAUGACCAGUAUGUUAACCAUAUUAUGAGUGAAACGGGAGCAACUGUCUUACUAAGAGGACGUCGUUCUGGGAAUUCUGAAAAUGCACUGGGCGAAGAAGCACCGCAGCCGCUGCAUUUGUUGUUGUCAAGCAAUGAUCCAAUUGGUCUUGAACGUGCGAAACUUCUGGCUGAAAAUCUUUUGGACACAAUAAGCGCUGAAUGCGGUGCCUCUAGGGCUUCUUCAUGUAAAGUGUAUGUUGCUGUCCCACCUCCACCUCAGUUGUUAGGCGAAGUCCAAAAUUCUGGGAAUGAGUCAGUUGUGAAAGAAUGUGUUUCUUCCAGUUUGACUUCCUCAGGUGGCAUGACUGGUGAUGUUUCUCAUGGAGCAGGAUUGCAAUCUAUGGGUUUGUUGAAUCCUGGAAUGCCUCAGGCAAGCACUGUUUGCCAUUCACAUUCUUCAUUGAUUGGUGGAACAAGCUAUAUUGGUUAUGAAGGGAUAUAUCCACAAGCUACACCUUUGCAACAAGUUGCCUUAGCCCUUAGGCAGUCAACUUCUUCUGUUACUGCUACAGUUGAUCCUGCAGCAAAAGCAUCAAGUGCAAAAUCACCUACAACGGUGGUCCCCUCUGAGGAGAAGCGCCCCCCUCAGAGACGAAAGUUUCAGGAAUUAUCAGCUGCUGCAAAAGGGCCAGCGACUACCCACCAGAAUAAAUUACAGGGAUCAGAAUUUCAAAUGCCACGUGAACUAACAUCACAUGUAGGUGCAAGAGAUGUGCCAACUAUGGCAGCUCCAAGGAAGUUGAUCUGCUCAUCACCUGAUGUAAUUCCACCACCCCCUCCCAGGAGGAUGCCGCCACCCCCUCCCAAGAGCAUGCCUCCACCGCCUCCGCCACCAAAGUUUAAUUCAACUCCUGAAGUUCGUGAGAACAACAGCAUGCUGCAUAAAUCAAAACCUGAAGCCAUCCCUGAUACUUUAAUCAAGCUAAUGGAAUAUGGAGAUGACGAUGAUGACCUCGAGGAAACCAUUGAAGAGCCCUCUAAAAGCCUUUCAAGUGCACCGGCAGCUCCUAAACCUUUCUGGGCUGUCUGAAAUAUGGUUUGCCCUUUUGUCAUGCACUGGUACUGACUCGCAUUAAAAGUUCAUUUUCUUCAUCUCGAGCUUUAACAGCUGGGAAUGUAAUAUUUGUGGAAGGAUAAAUCAUCUGUGGCUGAUUUUUUAUUUAUAACUAUCUGAUCUCCUUCAAUUGAAAUAGCCAGGGAGUUAAUUUUUGACCCCUAAUGGUAUUGGCUGCUGAAGCGUCAGGGAGGAUAUGUUACAAUGUGUACAUUUUCUAGUCAUAAGUUGUUUUGGUCUGUCUCAGCAAUUGCCUGACGGCUUUACUUGUGAAUUUCUUUUUUUCUCGCUCCCAAGUGAUAAUCAGGUAUACCAAACCAAACCGAGAAGCAUAGAAGAAUAAAACAUCAAAUUGCUGCA